AUGUGCAUCGGCCGUGAAAACAGAAAUAAGGAGACCCAAAUUCCACAAAAAAAGGACAAGGGUUCCUGUAAACUCAAAUGUCAACGAUGGAUUUUAAGUAAAUUUGAAAGAUGCCUCAGGAAAAAGAUAUUUGGACAUGUAUUUCCAAAGCUAGCAGACUACGAGUUUAUGGGAAUGGAUCUAGAAAGUUUACAAGAUAGUGUUACAGGAAAAACCAGUGAUAAAUCUUUGAAUAAGAAAGUUGCCGCUGCAAAUAAAAUAAAACUGGCUAAAGUUGAUAUGAAGGAUAUCGAAAAGAUCAAAGGAAUCAGUGCUAAUGAUUUGAAAAAACGAUAUUCAAUUAAAGGAUCUAAGCUUAAAAUGCUAGAAGGGAUGGUCACUGAUUACAAUGAUGGUAAUUUAUCAUUUUCACAAAAAUCUCGCAAACCUUCUUCAACAAAACAAUUAACAAAAGAGCAACUGAACGAAAUUCUGAAAGAUUACGACACAGCUAAGAAGAAAACGGUAGCUGAUGAAAUUCAGAAGAAUGCCAAAGAUUUAAAGAAAAUCGUUAAAACUCAAUCCCAAAGGCAAUUAUUGGAUAAUGUAUUGGAAGAUUUAAAAAAGGAAAGUGUUCAAUCUUCAAGAUAA